GUUAAGCCGAUCAGCUCUGACCUAAGUUAAAAUAGACACAAACAUGUCAGGAGACUUUGGCUCUGAGCCCCUGGGCUCGUGCUCAGUGGAAACCGUUACGGCCUUGCUCGGCUAUGGGCUCGAGCAGGACAGCAUCACGGCGCUUUGCCAGCCCGAGGGGGGCGCUGGUUGCACCAGCACAGAUAACUGCAUGUUCCAGUAUCUGAUGGGCGCGACCGCGGACGCGCAGAGCACGGCCAGCGAUGUGGGAGUCGGGCUCGACGUGAGCUUCCUGUUGUUCAGCGGCUAUCUGGUAUUCGUGAUGCAGCUCGGGUUCGCUGUGCUGUGCGCUGGAAGCAUCCGCUCCAAGAACUGCAUGAAUAUCCUGCUGAAGAACAUGCUGGACGCCUGCGUGGGCGCUAUCGGCUUCUAUGUCUUCGGAUACGCGUUCGCGUACGGCCGCAAGUAUGGACAGAAUAGCAACGGCUUCAUUGGCAACUGGAACUUUGCGCUCUCGUACACAACUCAGACGUCAAUGAGCGGCACCGAGUUCACCACGUUUGGAUGGCACCAGUUCUUCUUCCAGUGGAGCUUCUGCGCCGCCACCACCACCAUCGUGUCUGGCGCGGUGGCCGAGCGCUGCACCUUCAUGGCCUACAUGAUCUACGCGUUCUUCCUCUCCUCCUUCGUCUACCCCGUCAUCGUGCACUGGGUGUGGGACGGCCAGGGCUGGCUCAGUGCCUUCAACACAUUCCAGGACGGCUACGCCCUGAUCCUCAAGACCGGUGCCAUUGACUUUGCGGGCUCGGGCGUCGUGCACAUGACGGGUGGGAUUGCGGCACUCAUGGGUGCCUGGAUUAUGGGCCCCCGUGUCGGUCGCUUCGCUAAUGACGGCACGGUGAAUGAGAUGAGGGGCCACUCCUCCACGCUGGUUGUGAUGGGCACCUUCCUGUUGUGGUUCGGCUGGUUCGGAUUCAACCCCGGCAGCAACCUGGUGGUCGCCUCCCAGGCUGCGGCCACAGUCGUGUCGCGUGUCGCAGUGACCACCGCUCUGGCAGGUGGCGCGGGUGGAAUCUCCAUGCUCUUCUACAAGUUCCUGACCGUCAAGGCUUGGGACGUGGUGGCGACGUGCAAUGGCAUCCUGGCUGGCCUCGUGGCCGUCACGGCUAGCUGCUCCGUCAUUGAGCCCUGGGCGGCCAUCAUCACUGGGGCCAUCGGGGCAAUCAUCUUUUCCAUUGCUGAUUACGUGACGCUUUACAAGCUGAAGGUGGACGACCCCGUGAGCGCCUUUGCCCUGCACGGCGCCGUGGGCGCAUGGGGCGUGUUGUUCCCCGGCUUCCUGGCGGCUCCCCACUAUGUGGUAGAGGUGUACGGUGCCUACGGAUUCGGAAUGGAUGCACGGGAGGGCAAGAGGUUCGGUCUGUUCUACGGCGGCCACGGCCAGGUGCUGCUGGUGCAGCUCAUCGAGGUGCUGGCCAUCUUUGGGUGGACUGGAUUCAUGAUGGGCAGCUUCUUCUUCAUCCUCAACAAGGCUGGGCUGCUGCGUGUGCCCCUGCAGGAGGAGAUGGCGGGUCUGGAUGCGGCUAACUACAGCAAGAGCGCGUGCCGCACUCCCACCAGCAUACCGUGACCCGCCCGUGCUCCUUUCGUGUCUG